CAACACACAGAAGAAGGUGGCGAGUGAAAAGCAGAAAUGUUACCCGAGAAGGAAAGUAGCGAAAGAAGGGCGGCAAAAUACGCGACGGAGUUCAGAGCAUACAGGGACGAUGCUUGGUACACCGUGUGCGUGUCGUUGGAGGGAGAAUCUCUUGUAGUGAAGUACGAGAACUUCUCCGCCGAAAACGACGACGUCUUUGAAGCCUCGCAGUUUAGCGACUGGGAAGAGUUGGAGGACUUGAAGGAACGCUUCCGACCCCUCUCCAAGCAGCUUCAGGACUCCGAGUGCCGCCAACUCGCCCUCGGCGGCGCUAGGGUCUGCGCCUCUCACGCCUUCGCCCACGACGACGUUCGCUUCUACGACGCCGUCGUCGACGGGGUGCAAGAAAGCGAGCAUUCUUGGGAAACAGAAGAGGAAGUAUGCUUGUGCACCUUUAUACUUUUCUGGUUGCAUGGGCCAAAUGCAAGAAACUUGACUGCUGCACCAAUUGAGAAUAUCUGUGUAGUUCAGCCAGCAUGGGAGCUAGAUCCUGUAGUGACUUCAUUUCUUGAGAUGGCGAGGGAGAAAAUCGAAUUGUUUUCUUCUCGUUCUGUUUCAGUGUCAAAGGGAGUUUCAGGCUUUGAAAUGGUGUCGUACUGCAACAAAAGCUCAAACUCUACUCGUAGAAUAGGCUAUGUUGAACAAAAGGAAAAGGAAACAGGAUGCGGUAGGCAGUCUGUUGUCAAUGUUUGUUCACCGGAAGUGUCAAAGGGAGUUUCUGCUUUCGAAAUGGUGCCGUACUGCAACAAAAACUCAAACACUACUGGUAGAAUGAGUUAUUUUGGACGAAUGUUAAAGAAAACCCGACGUGCUAGGUUGUCUGUUGGCAAUGAAACAUGUUCGCCAGAAGUCAGCUAUCAUGACAGAAGAAUGGAAGAUGAGGAUCUUGAAGGAACAAAAAAUGUGUGUAUGAUAUUGAUUGCAAAUAUCGAUAAAGAGUUAUGUCCAUUGACAAUUACAGAUUUCUUACGGAAACAUACUUCUAUAUCAGCUAGAGUCUUCAUAUUUCCAAGUUUGUCAUUUGAGGUAUAUACCAGGGGAGCCCUUAUGGUGGAUUCUGAAAAAGAGUUCCAAGAGUUGUGUGACUUUUUGAGUAAUCCCAACUGCAUCAUAACAUCUUCAACUGGCAGGCCUUGGGUGAUACUUGAAAAACUAGUGGGGCUAAAAAAUAUUAAAGCAUCAAUAGGAACGUUGAUGCAUAUAUCAGAGAAAAGAAAGAGUGGAAGGAGCAACAAUUUGAAGGUUGUACGUUCAGGAACUAAGGAAUUCAAGAUAGCUAGUAAUAUGAGGGAUUUGUUUUUGGCAUUUAUUGAGCACCAAGAACGUCUACACAGGAAACUUGCACUUGAAGAGAGAAGGAUAUUUACAGCUUAUGCUUAAAUGUUUGUCCUCCGGUUUUUACUGUAGGGGCGGCUAUGUAAAUAUAACUAGUAAAAGGCUAUGGCCUAUGGACAUGGUUUUUGUUUUGGUUAAAUUACUCCAUUGGGCCUCUUAAUUUUUUCAAUUUGGUCUCUCAUCUAUUAAAAGGUCUAAUUUUGUUCCUUAAUUUUCUAAAACAAUACAAUGUAGUAUUUUUUGUCCAUUUGAGACUAACGAAGUAUAAUUUUUGUACACAGCGAUAGGUGUCAUUUUCUUCUUGUGUUAUGUGUACAAGAACUUAAUGUUGUUAGUCAUAAUUGGACGAAAAUAAUCACACUGCAUUGUAUUAAAAAAUUAAGGGAUCAAAUUGGGUUUUGUAAUUUUAUCAUAUACUUUUAAUUUAAUCAAUUAGCUAAUAAGCUUUUAGCUUUUUAAUUCCUAAUUUAUAACUUAUAAGCUUUCAUCUAAUUUGGAAAAAAGGAAGAGAUGUUAGAAAAAGAAAA